UAAAAAUUAAAAAGACUUUGAAAAUAAAACCUCUUCUUUGUAGUUCCCUCCUUGGAUCCACAAAACAACGCAUACUGCAUUCAGACAUCAGCUUCCUCUUCGUCGAAUUUGAUUGUCUCCGCUUCUUUUGCUGUGAUUUGAAGUUGAGGGAAUAUAACAAUGGAGGCUAAUUUUCAACGAUCAGUUUCACAGAGGCCAAACCGUAGGACUGACCCAGAUGCUCUAAAUCAGAAAGACAAGUAUUUUGAAGAGGGGUUCUUUUCAUCUGGGAGGUUAUCAGCCGAGUACCCACUGAGGAUGUUGUGGAAAAGGGGUUUUGUUCGGUUGUUUCUUGUUGCGGGCAUGGUUUGGAUGAUGCUUGUUCUUUCUGUACUAUUAGUUCAUAUAUGGUCAUGUCAAUCUUCCAUAGCUUUCUUUUCAGUUAUCUGUAAUAGAGAGGGCAAAGUAUUUAUUAUGUUAGACUCAAUGGGAUUUGUACCAAGACCUCCACAUCGCUGUUCUAUACCUGUGGUUGAUAAUCCCGAUGCAAUAGUUAUUCCAAAAAAGAAGACACCUGAAACAAUUGUGCAAAACCUUACAUAUAUUGUGGAAGACAAAGAUACAGAUGUUAUAUCGGAUUCACAGCCUUUAUUUGGAGGGAAUAUAAGCUGGGCACAGAGAGAGGAUAGUUUCAAAUUGAAGCCAAUAAUGAAGGUUCAUUGCGGGUUUAUGCGUAAUGGUGGUGGUGAUAUGGAUCCAAAAGAUAUAGAGUAUGCCAAGAAGUGUAGGUUCGUAGUUGCAUCCGGUGUCUUUGAUGGAUAUGAUACACCACAUCAACCUUCUAAUAUUAGUGCUCGAUCUCAGAAACUCUUUUGUUUUCUUAUGGUGGUUGACGAGAAGUCCUUUGACUUCAUCAAGAAAAAUGUGUCUGUGAAAGUGGACAGUGACGGGGGUCAUUGGGUCGGGAUCUGGCGUCUUGUUCUUUUGAAGCAUCAACCAUAUGAUGAACCCAGGAGAAAUGGGAAGGUUCCAAAGAUACUAGUGCACAGGAUGUUUCCAGAAGCACAGUACAGCAUCUGGAUUGAUGGUAAAAUGGAGCUGAUAGUUGAUCCACUUCUUAUGUUAGAGAGAUACUUAUGGCGUGGCAAGCACACAUACGCUAUUGCACAGCACAAGCAUCAUCGUAAUGUAUUUGAGGAAGCAGAUGCAAACAAGCGUAGGAAGCGUUAUGCUCGACCUCUUAUUGAUCUUCAAAUGAAAAUCUAUCGUUAUGAAGGAAUGGAGCCUUGGAGUCCGUUGAAAAGAACUCCGAGUGAUGUGCCGGAAGGAGCAAUUAUUAUUCGGGAGCAUACUGCUUUGAACAAUUUAUUCAGCUGCUUAUGGUUCAAUGAGGUUCAUCUUUUCACACCAAGAGACCAGUUGAGCUUUGGCUAUGUUGUUUACAGGUUGAAAGAUCGGUUCAACCUUUAUAUGUUUCCAAACUGUGAGUAUAACUCACUAUCUAUCUUGCACCCACACACUCGAGAGCAUUCAUCAAAGGUUGAGUGGGUGAAGUCAUUGAGUGAGUUCAAGUCAAAUAGUGCUUUGAGAGAAACAAAAGGAGGAUUCGGAUUGUGGACUCCCUAUCCUGCUGAUCUUAGUCAAGUUGUCUUGCCUACCGUUGUAAGAACAUCAAAAGCUGGUUGAAAUUGAAUUGAGAUAUAAAUUCUGGUUUUUGCCUCCUUUUUUUUUUCUUCUUUCUGGUAAAUAGUGUUAUAUCAUUUCCCUCUAUUUCCUUUUAUAUUUCUUGAAGAACAAUGUUCUCAAUUGCUCAAACAUUAGCUAAUCAGAAGAGCUGAUUUAUUUUCACCUUUUAUGAUGGGAAAUUCUAGGAUCUUAGAUUGGAAUGAAGUAUUUUCCAAUAGAAUAGAAAAAUACUGUACAUGAUCAUCAUGAAUGUGGAAGGUAGAGCUUGUAUUUGGUCACUGCAAUAAAAAAAUCAUGGCCUUCUCGCCGCGAAGUUUGUUAUGUCAUUAUAAGGUAUAUAUUCUUUUUAGUACAAAAAUAGCAAAGGGACCACCUUUGAGACAUAAAUAGUCUUUAUCAAACCACCAAAACUACUGCCUUUCUAUGAAUAUAUGGUCUAUAGCACAAUUUGUUACCCUAGGGUUUCAAUUUCAAUCGAAGUUGGUAGUUUUGAAUCUUAUAGCAUCUGAUUCUGAUGCUUUAAAAAAUAAUUUGUUAUGAAAAUCUAUAGGCAUAAUUCAUGAUGCGUUUUGGAAUGAUCGUUGCAUUCUUAAUGCUAUUGAUCCUCAAGCAUAUUUGGAUGCUUUACAAGAUGAGGAAAAUACUUCUAUACCAGACUUACUGAAAUCUCUGAAACCUGAAUCUCUGAGUGAUAUAAUUAGGAUGGUUUCUGAAUCAAAAUCACAUCCCCAAUCUAUGAUUAGUAUUGGCAAGGCGAUGUUAUAUUCUUGUUUUCCCUUACUGAUGAGAUAAAGUACCUAGUUGGCUAGUUCAACAAUGGUGAUGUUGUUGAAGUUAAUAAUGAUACCUUUAAACACUAAUAUGUCAUGGUUUGUUGUUUUUACGUCCUGGUCUUUCGAGGACACAUGGUCAAUGGUCAUCAACCAUCUCCAGUGCCUGAUUAAUUUAUGUUCAGUGUUGAAUUCUAUGAGAGAUGAUUUUGAGCUGGUAAUGGUGCAAAGAUGAAUUCUUUGGCCGAUUUCAAGGUGGUUUUAUCACUUCUUUGCUGUCCGCUCUUUGUGUCUUGCAGUACCAUGUUCUUACCCGAAAUGCCGUGAUUGUAUAUGCAACUAUUUAGACCUUUGUUCUGCUUCUUCUAAGCGGAAUGGUUCUGAGAGAUAAUCUUAGCUUUUUGAGGAAGUUUGGAGCUGAAGCCUUUCCCGUUUCUGAAGAGCAUAUGCUUGCUACUUCACUGGCAGAAAUAUUAUCGAUGAAGAAAGCUCCCUGCAAUCUUGAGAGAAUUUUACCAAGUGCAAUACCUCUGAUGUCGUUGUUCUUGAUAGUUGAUAGGAUUAAUCCAGAAGGUGGUCGAGGAGGUGUCUAUCUUGGAGCCGGAUGAGAAGCUUGUUGGGUUAUGUUUUUGAAGUGGUGAAGAUCUCAGUACCACUUUCCAUAAGCUGUAUCAAGAGUGCAGAACUUGAGAGCUGGAGUCUGAUAUUCUGGUGGUUUACUUGCCCUUUUUCACCAGUCUUGACCUAGAAAUAUUCCAGGAUUUAAUAGAUAAUUUGUUUCAGAAGCAGAAGAUAUUUUGGCGGUGUUUGCCCUUCAACAACUCUGUAAGCUGCAGACUGAAUCGACUUUUUGCCUGCUGCCCUUGCAAUAAGGUGGUCAUCGUGGAACCCUAUGGUGAAAGUAUUGAUCUGUAUGGAGGAGCUGUCAUGAGAUUUUGCAGAAAUGAUGCAUAUCACUUCAUUAGAGAGGGUCUUAUCCGAAGGAAACUGGACAGAGAGGAUCUGUAUGGAGGAGCCAUUGUUGGUUUACGGGUCACGGGAUUAUGUUGUCCGAGUGAUGUCCAGACUGCUGUAGGUAAACUCUGAGGCAGGAAAAGAUUUCUUUACCUUUGUUUUAUGAUCACUUUAGAGACUUUGAUGAUUCUUUUACCAGGGUUAUCAUGAAAUGAAGGCAAAGGAUCCUGAUUUUGGGGAUGUCUAUGUUUGCUUCAUAGAUACCACUGAAGAACAAGAUGUAUUUUCGAGUGAUAUCCUAUCCACUAUGCCUUGGUUGGUAUGCCCUUUUGACCCCGAUCACUUUGCUUCCCUAGAGAAGAGAUUAUUCAUGAAGGCGCUGUUUCUUGCCCUCGUUGGAUUUAGAAGAGAUGGUCGUAUUAGGUGUCAUUGAUCAGCUGAAUAACAUCUAGAAUUUCAUGUAUGGUAUGAAGUAACAUUUAAGCAUAGUAUUUUUGAUUUUAUUCAUGACUACUACUUAUUUGUCUUGAAUUCUUCCUAUCUUUCAAUUAUUGGUACUCUCUAGCUCUUAAGUUCUGUUUUCUGGAGAACUUUGUGGUUGCUUGGGCAGCAUGAACUCUUCGUUCGUGUAUACUUGUGAAGCUGUGAAUAUGUAAUCAGGCGCUUCGUCGUGUUUUCAAA